CAGUACUGGGGCGGGAGUUUCCUGCGUGUUGAGUUGGCCAGCGUUAACGUACAGCCCAUACCUGCUGGUGCUGCUACUGCUGUGUCUUUAUCUCAAGAUUAAAUGCAUUUGUAGCGAUUGACAGGAUAGCAAAGCACUUUUUAUACAGAAGAACAUAAUCGUAUCCAUCAUAGGAAACGUGGUGCAAUGAGCCUCGCUCUGCAUGAUCUCCUGGUCUGCUGUAAGGGGCUGGAUAAUGACAAAGCUACAGAGAGAAAGAAAGAAGCGGAGCGCUUCAGAAGGCUCCUCAAAGAUCCAGAAACGGUGCAGGAGUUGGAUCGCACCUCAGGACCUAAAGCCGCCAAAGGCUCAAAGCAACUCUCCUGGGAUUCUGUUUUCAGGUUCUUGCAGCGCUACGUCCAGAAGGAAACGGAGCACCUCCAGUCAAGUAAAGCCACGGUUUCGGACACCACAAUCGCAACACGGCUGAAGAAGAUGGCCGAGAUGUGUAGCUUGGUCAAAUACUUUAUUCGCUGUGCCAACAAACGUGGGCCACGGCUGCAGUUCAAGGAGCUGCUGAGGCAUGUGAUGGAGGUUCUGCAGAGUUCCUACAGCUGCUCAGCCUAUGGAGAGGAGUACAGCAGCCUGCUGGUCAAGGACGUGCUCUCCGUCAGGAAGUACUGGUGUGAUGUCACAACCCAGCAGUGGCAAAAUCUCCUGGAGCUGUUCUGUGGGCUGUUCAACUCUUCCUCCACGGCCAUCAACCGUGUUCUGGUGAGCCGGGUGAUCAGCACGGUGGUGCAGGGCUGCUGCAUACAGACUGACGGCCUCCACAGCACUCUCUUCAGAUUCUUCUCCAAAGCACUGCUCAAUGUCAGGCAAGAGAAACACCUGCCCGUGGUUGAGCACCUGGUGUCCGCCCUCAACAUCUUCCUGAGGUCGGCCGCCAUGAACUGCCGGAUGAGGGUGUGCGGCUUAGGGGAGGAGCUUCUGCCCUCCGUGCUCUACGUGUGGGCGGACAUGAGGCCCAGCUCCGCCCUCAAAGACGAGAUGGUGGAUUUCUUCAACCUGCAGCUCUGCGUGCACCACCCCAAUGGAGCCAAGACACCGGAGACGGGGGCUCAUGCUGAGGACUGGAACAGGUGGCGCAGUCUUCUGUACAACCUGUACAACGAGCUGGUCUCGGAAAUCAGCCAUAUAGGCAGCAGAGGGAAGUACAUCAGUGGCACCCGACACAUAGCUGUCAAAGACAACCUCAUUGAGCUCACUGCGGACAUUUGUCACCAGCUGUUUACUGGAGACGUGGGCGUCCAGGUGCUGGAGGUGACCCAGCUGCCCGCCCGAUCCAGGGCUGGUGCCACAGAGGGAACUCCCAGCAAGCGGCGUCGCAUCGAGCUGGGCUGGGAGGUCCUCCGAGAACACCUUCAACCCCAGCACAGUGACUUUGACAUCAUACCAUGGCUUCAGAUCACCACGGUGCUGCUCUCCAAGUACCGGUCCACGGUGCCGGGUGGCGAGCUGGUCCCCCUGCUCUCUGUGCUGUGCCAGCUGCUGGGCGAGCAGCGCCGGGGCGAGAGGGGCGCCUACGUGCUGGGCUGCCUCAGGGAGCUGGCCCCCUGCCCGGCCGCCCACCCGGACCGAGCCCCGGAGUCCAGGGCGGAGCUGGACAGGCUGUGGGGCCGAGUGUGGACCCUGGCCCUGCGAGCGGUCGGCUCGCCGCAAAGCGAGGCCCUCAGCUUGGGCCUGCUGACGUCCAUCAUCCGGGCGGGGCUGAUGUCUAUGGAUAGGGAGUCCUGGAAGCUGUUCUCUGGCAUGGCGUGCAAACCCUCUCAGAGUGCAGCCGUCUGUCUGGCCCAGGCUCUGUUGAAGUGUGCCGUCCCCAAGCGUCUGGUGCGAGGCUCAGAUGUGGAUGGGUUCGGGUCCCAGAGUCUUAAGGAGGCUCUCGUUGGCUGGCUGCUGAUGUCAGACCAGAGCGAUGAGUCGGAUGACAGUGUCAAGCCAUACCCCAUCAUCUGCAGUGAUUUCUCUCUCAACCUUAUUGGAAACGUCCUGGUUUCCCUGACCCUGAAAGACACGAGGACAGGGCUCACCUGUCUGUUGGCCUCAGAAGGAUUAGAUAGGAUCCUGACCCAAGAGCAGGCCUCCCCAGAACCCAAAGACCCCUCCCUGGUGGAGUUGGAGCGGCUGUACCAGCACUUCAGCCUGGAGGCCCCCACCGGGGUUAACUACCAGAGCGUGGCGGUGGCCUCUGCCGCCGCCCCCAGCCAGCUCCCCUUGGUCCCCAGCCUCAGGGACAGGCUGCAGCAGUCGCUGCUGGCCGUGGCCGACAACCUACUGAACUGCUACUCCCCCAACUCCCCGACCACGGCUCCCGAGUGCCUGGUGCGCUGCCUGACCCUGCUGACAGGGGUCCUCGCUGGCUACGUCUCCACAGGGGCCCUGAGCCAGGAGGAGGCCUUCAAGUCCCCGCUAUUCAUUAAGGCCAAGGCCUUGGCCCAGGAGGUCAGCGAUUUUGUUUCAAGUGUGAUGGUGAAGAUGAAGGAGGAGGGAACUAUGGCAGCGCUCAGGACUGUGAUGAAGCUCUGCACUCUGUCGGCCAGCCCAGAGGCCCAGGACCACAUUUCCUCCAUCUCCUUCCGACUUUUCACAAGCAUCCUCCCUGCCAGACUCCUCACUGAACUGGCAGAGAUCUGCAAGCUGUUGCUGAGCAGUGUCUCCAGGACAGCCAGCGCACAUGUUGAAGACCAGCGCAGCAUGCUGGAGGACGAGUGGGAUGCAGUCCCGACUCAGCAGCCGCCACCGGUGGACCACUUUGACCUGCUGAGCGACGACGAGGUGCCUCACACCAGCACCAACCAACCCCACCGGGCCAACGGGGACGGGGCUGAGGUGGUGGCGUGUGGUCCGGGUGCAAAGAGCCUUUUGGCAGAAGAACAUCUGGCCAGCGAGGACCUGGCUCUCCUGGCGAGCCUUGAGUUCCUGUGUGUGUGUGCCUCGGUCCAGCCAGCCCACAGCCUGCUGUUCAAACCCCAGGAGGUGCGGCGCAAGCUGCUGCAGCUGCUGGAGCACGUGGACUUCAGCAGAGCACUGCAUGUCAACAUGUAUCUGGUCCUGUUGAAGAAGCUCCCCGCUGAGGACACGCUCUCACCAGAGGAGUUGGAUCUGCUGCUCAGGCCCCUGGCGGACUUGUGUUCGCUCUACCGCCAGGACCAGGAGGUCUGUGCCACGGUGCUGCUGGGGCUGUUACCGGCCAUCCAGUGCCUGGGACAGACCCACCACCCGGCCAGUGAGAUGCGCCACGUCCAGGGUAUGCUGCUGCAAGUCAUUUCCGGCUUCUGCAUCCUGGCCCAGACAGGGAAGUGCACAGCGGGUGUGCGUGCUGGUUUGGUGAAAUGCCUGGUUGCUUUACUGGAGGCUGACCCUUGUUGUGAGUGGGCGGUCCUAGACCUGAAGGAGGAGGAGCUUCCUGUAUCCGUGCUGCUGCCCUCUCACCUGGCCGACGCCCACCACCACGUCCGCAUGUUGGCCGCAAUGUCCGUGGAGAGGCUGUUUGUGGAGAUGAAAGCUGGCCAGCCAGAGAGGAGGAUGCUGCCACUGCAUCACCAGCAGGAGGCCUUUGAGAGAGUCUACCUCAAGGCUCAGGAGGGAAUGAGGUUCUCGCAGAGCGCCCCCUCGGAGGAGCUGCGCGACGAGGCGUUCAACCGCAAGGCCUCCCUGCUGAAGUGUGUGUCGGUGGUGCUGUGCUGCAGCCCCGUGUGUGAGAAGCAGGCCCUGUUCGCCCUCUUCCAGUCACACAAGGAGAACAACAUCGAGGAUCAGCUCAUCAAGAAGGUGCUGUGCAGUGUGUCCAGAGCGCUGGGCUACAGGAGUGUGAAGGGCUUUGUGAGCUCCCACCUGUACUACCUGGUGGCCGAGUGGCUGGGCCUGAGGCAGGCCGACGACCGCUACAACCUGGAGUCCUUCCCCUUCGCCCUGCUGGGCCACGACACGCUCCACGACUUCUACAGCGCCUCCUUCCAGGUGCUCAUCCCCCACCUGGUGUACCUGGAGGACUUUGAGCUGGUCAGGUCCAUCGGAGGCCUGCUGGGGAAGGACUGGAGGGAGCUGCUGGCCGACUGCUUCCCCAGGAUCAUGGUCAACAUCCUGCCGUACUUCGUGCUGUCCGGCCAGGACCCCCAGGUGGCCCUGCAGAGGGGGAGGGCCACCAAGGUGUACGACCUGCUGAAGGACAGCAGCUGCCUGGGGAAGCAGAGGAUCGACAGUCUGAUCCAGUCCAACCUGGCACACAUCGUGGUGGAGCUGCUGCUGACUCUGUACGAGGGGGCCGGGACAGGGGAGCAGGAGGGGGCGGACCUCCAGCGGUUCAUAGGUGAACUGGAUCCUGCACCGAACCCGCCCUACUUCAGCUCCCACGUGAUCAAAGCCACGCUGGACUACAUCAGCCGUUGUCACGGCGCAAACCAUAAGUCACUGGUCGCCAUUUUGUCCAAGAACCCGAUCUCCAUCCAGAGGAUCCUGCUGGCGCUGUGCGAGAAGGCGGUGGCGACGACCAACGGCUACGAGCGGCACCGCAUCCUGCUGAUGUACCACCUGCUGGUGGGCCUGCUGCUGGGGGAGAUGGAGGAGGGCCUGGGGGGCGCCUGGGCCUUCGUCCUGAGGGACAUCAUCUACACGCUCAUACACCACUUCAACAGCAGUCCGGAGCAGUGUGACGAGGUGUCCACCCGCAGCCUGCUGCUGUGCUGUGACCUUCUGGCCGCUGUGUGCCGGGCCGCGCUGCAGUUCUGCCCCGAUGCUCUGGAAUGCCACCUGCAGGUGAUCCUGGGUACUCUCACGGCUCAGGUGACCAGCCGACCGGCCAUCUCACAGCAGGUGCUCUCCCUCUUGAGGUUCCUGGUGGUGGAGAACCAGGAGAAGCUGCGCAGCGCCAUCUGCAGGUUGGAGCCCUUCCCCGACGGCCCUGGGGAGUUUAAAGAGCUGCGCUCCGUGCAGCACGAGCUGAAAUACAGCUCCGGGACCUUCACUCUGCGACAGGAGAUAGAGCACUUCCUGUCCGUGACUUCAUGUGACACGCUGCCGCUGACCCGACUGGAGGGUCUGAAGGAGCUGAGCAGACAGCUGAGGCAGAACAAGGCCGCCAUCAGAGAGCUGCUGAAGGAGUGCCAUGAGGAGCCCUCAGAGAGUGUGCUGGUGAAGUUGAUCCUCAGCCUGCUCCACCUGUGUAAGGUAGCAGCCAACCACCCUGGAGGAGCCCACAUCCUAGAGGCGGCAGGGAGCUGCCUGGGAGAGCUGGGUCCCAUCGACCUGUCCACCAUCGCCCUGCUGCACGGCAGAGACCCCCUCUACACCCGGGCUGUGACCCUGUUCCCCUCCAGCCACGCCCAGGGCCUCUACAUCCUGCUGGACUGCAUGAACCACGCCCUCACUCACCACAGUAUUGAGGUGAAGAAGGCCGCAGGUCAGUGUGUGAAGAGCAUCCUGGGGACUCAGUCGGGGGCUGACUUUUGGGAGCAGCACAAGGACAAGCAGGACCCCAUGCUGGCCUACCUCAACCCCUUCAGGACAGCCAAGAAGAAGCUGGAGGACGGGAACACAGAGGUCGGUCCGGAGGAGUCCAAAGAGCUGCUGGAGAGCCAGGGGUUGUGGGUUCCCCAGACGGGGGCCCACAAGCGGUGGCUCAAGACCCUGUGUGCUGCCCUGCUGGACAGCGGAGGGGUCCGCAACCACGUGCUGCUGCUGUCCCGGCCACUGUGUCUGGUGCGGGCAGACUUCUGCCAGCGGGCGCUGCCCCUGGUGGUGCACUCCAUCCUGCAGGGGGACCGCGACGGCUCCUGGCGCCUGCUCCUCUCCCGCCACGUCCAGGACUUCUUCACGUCCUGCUGCCGCAGCAGCCAGGCCUCGGGCCGCUCUGCCACCCCGCUCCCCGUGGAGUCCGGAGACUCAGACAUGGUGAUUCAGGGGUCUCUGGACAAAGCCUCCCUGAGGACCAUGCUGUCAGUGGUGGACUACCUCAGACACCAGCAGAGACCAGUAGACACGGACGGAUCCAGCAGUGCGGUGGGCGACACCAACUCCUGGCUGGAGCUCAACUUCCUGGAGGUGGCCCGGGCCGCCCAGGCCUGCUCGGCCCACUUCACGGCCCUGCUGUACAGCGAGAUCUACGUGGACAAGAUCAAGGCCAGCACAGAGGAGAGCCGCAGGGACCGUUCGAGAACGUCUCGCAGGAUCAACUUUGAGGAGAACAGCCAGACCUUCACCAUCUCCAACCUGACGCAGAAGAGCAUGGAGGACAACGGCAUCAGCCUACAGGAGCUGCUGAUGGAGGUGUAUCGCUGCAUUGGGGAGCCUGACAGUCUGUAUGGCUGCGGAGGGGAGAAGAUGAGCAGCCCUCUCACCAGGAUUCGAACCUAUGAACACGAGGCCAUGUGGGGGAAGGCCCUGAGCUCCUACGACCUCCACUCCAGCCUGCCAGAGGUCACCCGACAAGUGGGGAUUGUAGAGGCCCUGCAGAACUUUGGUCUGAGCGGCAUCCUGGCCACCUACCUUCGGGGGCUGGACAGUGAGGGGGUGGAGUGGGGGUCCGAGCUGAGGGAGCUCCGCUUCCAGGCCGCCUGGAGGAGCACCCAGUGGGACUGUGACCUGCCAGAGAGGAGUGAGAAAGCCAGCCCUGGCUUCAACGAGUCGGUGUUCGGGGCCCUGCUGGCUCUGAACGAUAAAGAGUUCUCAAUGUUUGACCGAACCCUGAAGUAUGCAAGGGGUGCGGAGGUGGAGGAGCUGUGCCGGGGCAGCCUGGAGGCCGUCUCCUCCCUCUACCCUGCUGUGAGGAACCUCCAGAGCCUGGGGGAGCUCCAGAGUGUGAGGCAGCUCUUCUCCAGACCCCUCUCGGACACCACCCUGGCUGAGGUGUGCAGGCAGUGGGGGCAGCACUCCCAGCUGCUGGCCGACAGCGACUUCCCCCUGGUGGAGCCCAUCCUGGCCCUGCGAUCCGCGACCAUGCAGACCCUGCUGGCCCGGGCGGGAGACCCCGACAGCACCUUGUUCCUCAGCUCGGUGCUCACCAACCACCUCAUGGAGCUCUGCCAGCUGGCGCGCAACGCCGGGAACACACAGCUGGCGGAGCGGGCCGUGUACCAGAUGAAGCAGCUCGCAAGCGGAGCGGCCCGAACGGCCGCCGCCUCGUCGUCGUGGCAACUGGAGGAAGCCCAGGUGUUCUGGGCCAAAGGCGAACAGGGUCCCGCCCUGGGCCUCCUCAAGGAGAUGAUCAACACGUUAGAGGGGCAGGUGGAUAUGAACCCAGCAUUGGUUCCUGUCUACACUGAGAGCAUGAGGCUGUGUGGUAACUGGCUUGCGGAGAGCUGCCUGGAGAGUCCGGGAGUCAUCCUGGAGAAAUACCUGGAGAGGGCUGUAGAGGUGCUGCAGGCUAACUCGGGCGAGCAGGACCCCCGCCUACAGAGCCAGCGGACCAAGGCCUUCCUGUCCCUGGCACGCUUCUCCGACUUCCAGUACCAGACCAUCGAAAAAUACAUGCGCUCCUCUGCGUUUGAGAACAAGCAGGUGCUACUGGAGAAGGCCAAGGCGGAGGUGGACCUGAUGAAGGAGCACAACGUCGACAGUAACAGGUACACUGUGAAACUAGAGAAGGAGCUAAAGAUGGAUGAGCUGGCGCUGUCCAACCUGCAGGGGGACCGGCGCCGCUUCCUGUGCAAGGCGGUGGACAACUACGUCCACUGCCUGGCGGAGGGGGAGCAGCACGACGACUGGGUGUUCCGCCUGGCCUCGCUGUGGCUGGAGAACGCCGACCUCAGGGAGGUCAACGCCAUGAUGAAGGUCGGUGUGAAGAGGAUUCCCUCCCAUAAGUUCCUGCCCCUAAUGUACCAGCUGGCGGCCCGCAUGGGCACCAAGAUGUCCACCGACAGCGCCGAGGACGUGGGCUUCCAUGACGUCCUCAAUGACCUGAUACUUCGCGCGUGCCUUCAGCACCCCCACCACACACUGUUCAUCAUCCUGGCUCUGGUCAACGCAAACAAGGACGCCAGCUUCACCAGCAAGUCCCGGCUGUCCAAGAACACGCCGCAGCAGCCCUCACCACUGGACCUGGAACGGUCAGAGGUGGCCCGGAAGAUCAUCAGCGUGGUGAGGAAGAAGAGGGGCGCAAUGCUGAAGGGUAUGGAGUACCUGUGUGAUGCGUACAUCACCCUGGCCUACAUGGACGCCAGCAGACACAAGCAGGAGAAGAAGCCUCUUCCCAUUCCUGCGGAUCAGCCCAUCAUGAAAAUACAAGACCUGGAAGAGGUCACCAUUCCCACUGUGGAGAUUAGGGUAGAUCCGUCGGGUUGCUAUGACAACGUGGUCACCAUACGCUCCUUCAAGCCCCAGUACCGCCUUGUCGGGGGAGUCAACCUGCCCAAGAUCAUCGACUGUGUGGGCUCGGACGGCAGGAGCCACCGACAGCUGGUCAAGGGCCAGGACGACCUGCGUCAGGACGCGGUGAUGCAGCAGGUGUUCUCCAUGUGCUCCACGCUGCUGCAGCGCAACGCCGAGACGCGGCGCAGGAAGCUCCACAUCCGCAGAUACAAGGUGGUCCCCUUCUCCCAGAGGAGCGGUGUGCUGGAGUGGUGCUCGGGCACGGUGCCCAUCGGGGAGUUCCUGGUGGACCCCCAGAAGGGGGCCCACGGGCGCUUCAGGCCCCGGGACUGGACCAACCUGGCCUGCCGGAAGAAGAUGAUGGACGCCCAAAAGCGUGGCCUGGAGGGGCAGCUGACGGCCUACAGCGAGGUGUGCAGACACUUCCGGCCCGUCUUCCGCCACUUCUGCAUGGAACGCUUCCUGGACCCGGCCGUGUGGAUGGAGAAGAGGCUGGCCUACACCCGCAGCGUGGCCACCUCCUCCAUCGUGGGUUACAUCGUUGGCCUGGGUGACCGGCACAUCCAGAACAUUCUGAUCGACGAGCAGACUGCAGAGCUCAUCCAUAUUGAUUUGGGCGUGGCCUUUGAGCAGGGCAAGAUCCUGCCCACCCCGGAGACGGUUCCCUUCCGGCUGACCCGGGACAUGGUGGAUGGCAUGGGCAUCACCGGAGUGGAGGGGGUGUUCAGGAGAUGCUGUGAGAAGACCAUGGAGGUGAUGAGGACCUCCCAAGAAGCGGUUCUCACCAUUGUCGAGGUGCUGCUGUACGACCCGCUGUUCGACUGGACCAUGAACCCCCUGAAGGCCUUCCAGCUGCAGCACGUAGAGCAGCAGGAGCUCAACGCCACGCUGCAGCCCACCCUGGGGGCCGACGACAUGGACCACCACGCCAAGGGCAGCAGUGACAGCCAGAGUUUCAACAAGGUGGCGGAGCGGGUGCUGCUGCGGCUCCAGGAUAAGCUGAAGGGGGUGGAGGAGGGGGCGGUGCUCAGUGUGGGGGGGCAGGUCAACCUGCUCAUCCAGCAGGCCAUGGACCCCAGCAACCUCAGCCGGCUCUUCUCCGGAUGGCAGGCCUGGGUGUAGAGGGUGGGGCAUGGGUGGUGGUGGUGGUGUGCUGCAACUGUCUUUGUAUAUAUAACCAUAGUGCAAAUCAAACCUGAUGCCUUUACCAGUAGAGCCACGACCAGUAGAGUACCAUUACCAGUAGAGCCACGACCAGUAGAGUAGUAUUACCAGUAGAGCCACGACCAGUAGAGUACCAUUACCAGUAGAGUCACGGCCAGAAGAGUACCAUUACCAGUAGAGUCAUGACCAGUAUAGUUACGGCCAGUAGAGUACCAUUACCAGUAGAGUCACAACCAGUAGAUUACCAUGACCAGUAGAGUACCAUUACUAGUAGAGGCACGGCCAGUAGAGUACCAUUACCAGUAGAGUCAUGACCAGUAGAGUACCAUUACCAGUAGAGUCAUGACCAGUAGAGUACCAUUACCAGUAGAAUCACGACCAGUAGAGUACCAUAACCAGUAGAGUCACGACCAGUAGAGUACCAUUACCAGUAGAGUCAUGACCAGUAGAGUUACGGCCAGUAGAGUACCAUUACCAUUAGAGUCAUGGCCAGUUAUGUUGGUAAUUGUUUGUUUUGAUCUGGCAGCAGAAUGUAAGACUUUCUAUAUAGAUACAGAUAUAGAUUAUAUAUAUCGAUAUAUAUAUAUGGUCCCGUGUUCAGUCUUCUGUCUACUUUGACGUUGUCAAAGUUCCUACGUCCUAGGUGUAAUCAUUUAGUUGUAGUUGGCUGCUUUGGAGCAUGCUGUGCUAUGCAACAGGACAUUACAUAUGAUCCCGGUAAAAAGCAGCUGCAUGUUAUUUGAGACGGUGAACCUCUCUGUAGUCCUUAUUGAGAAAUGUAUCGCCAGAUGACCACAAGCCGGUGAACCAAGUCCAUCGUUUUCUGAUGACCGCUGCACUCUACACCACAGAGGAACGUGGGAGAUCGGAGGCCAGGUCUGCCUCUCCCCCAGGCUGAGACGUGGGACCACAGCACACCAUACAGCGUUUAUUUGUGUUUAUUUUUGAACCUAGCAAUAGAUAUCGUCCAUUUUGUUUUUGUAAUACACCAAAGCAUAGAUUUUUAAGCGAGAGUGAGACAACUUUAUUCGAGUAAUAAAUUGAAUGUAAAACUAAUUACAAUUAGUUUGAAAAGAAAGCCUUAUUACAAUGAUGCCUUAAGUGAGUGUAUUGGAGGGCGUGUUGCACCUCCCUUAUAAAUGCAUAGGUUUCAUUUUAUUCUGACUGCCGUCGUUUUUUGCCCUGUGACCAAUCCCCGGCCCCAGAUAGAGACCAAACUUGACUGUUAUUAUUGAAAGACUGUUCCGGGUUUAAACCCCAAAUGUACAUAGAGAAUGUGUAAAAUUGUAUAACUUGUAAUAACUAAUAAUUUCGCUCUGUUUUUUAUAAAUGUUGUCACCCUUCUUCCGUCCUGUUAUACUGUUACUUUAUUAUUUAUAUCAAGAUUUUACAAAAUAAUUAAAAAGGACUUAUGAACUUUGCAUACAUGCCCCACUGAAAACUGGUCCUUUGGUUUCACAAUAAAAGCCACAAACCUCCUGCAGAACAUC